AAAAGCACUAAGUUGAAGGCCCCAUGCAUUAGUUUUCCAUUGAGGCUCAGUGUUGUUUAACAUCCUCAAAUUGAAGGUAUUUCAAACGUUUGCUUUGUUUAUUGGAAUGACUACAGUAAAUAUUCUUCGUUAAUCUUUGUCCAAGUACGUCUCGUGCCGUGUGCUGAGGUAAGGGGCUCUCGCGCAAGGCUGUUUUCACCAACCAGACGACUGCAGUGGGCUCGCCUCGUGUUAUGCUCGUUCCGGGGCUCCGUGAUCAGCGGCUGUGCUCCGUACGCUGGCUGUCGGUGAAGCAGAGAUGCGCUGCCUGCCAGCUCCGUCUCUCAGGCUGAAAAGGAAAGGACUUACAAACAUAUGACUUUCUCCAGUAAAGCAGAAAAGAUGCUGAGAGGUGCGACACUUUGCUGAAACUGCCUGCUUUGGGAGGAUUGAUGUGAAGCGCAGACCAACGCACACCUCAUUCCCAGGUUCAGAUCAAUAACAAUGCAUGGCUUGUAGGCCACCAAUCAUGGCCCAAAGGAAGAGGCCUGGGACCAGCGAGGGAAACGGCAUGUCUGGUCCCGGCCCUGCCUCCUGUCCCGCCCCUCGUCCUGCAGAGUCAUGUGACCUGAAAGCCCUGCCAGCACGGCAGCGCCCACUACGCUACCACAAAGAGCCUCACAAUCCAAAACACCACCCUCACUCCUGCAGCAUCCAAUUUUCCUCUCCCAAGCCUCCUGACGGGGGCUGCGGUCAACCGGAAGAAGAUGCAGAUGCAGAUGUUGACAUGAAGCAGUACAGCAACCAAGAUGUUGACUCACAGCUUGAGAAUCAAAGGCCAGCAACUCCGUCCACGCCUGAGCAUGACCCUCAUGAGGGGGAGGAGCAUAACGACCAUGAUCAAGCAGACUUUCAUGGCGAUGCUGACAGUCUGGAUGAUGACUCCAGCUCUGACUAUAUCAACAAUACCUCAGACGAUGAGGAAGACUAUGACGAUGGACUAGCAGAGGAAGAUGAGGGAGUCACUUACUACAUUCGCUACUGCCCUGAGGAUGACAGCUACCUGGAGGGAAUGGACUGCAGCAGUCAGGGAGACUGUAACCACAGUCACAGCCAGGGCAACUGUUCAGGUACCAUUCAGCAACAUGGAUCUCAUGCUAGUGAAUGCCAGAAAGCUGAGGAAGGAUGGACAGAGGAAGGAGAGGAGGAGGCCGAGGGAGAGUUGAGAGAGGAAGAAUGGGUUGAAGAUGACGAAGGAGAAGAGGCAGCGAGAGAGGAGUGGCAAGAAGAGGAAGAAGAAGUGGUGGAGGAAUGGAGAGAGGAAAAUGAGGAGGUGCAAGAGGAAUGGAUAGAGGAGGGCCAGAUGAGGCAGGAGCACUGGGAAGAACAAGAAAGGCACAGGGUGGAGGAGUGGGGUGAGGGGGAAGGAGAGGUCCGCUGUGAGGUGGUGGAGCAAGAUCCCGAUGAACAGAUUUACAAUGGGAGACCAGAACCCAUAUUGGACCAUCACCAUCACCACCAGCCUCCGAUGCAAGACGCACACCACACCCAGCGACAUGAUCGAGAGGAGGGGCAAGAGGCAGAGAGAGAGGAGGGCUGUCCAAAUGAAGAAGAAGAAGAUGAAGAAGCCGACGAGGGGGAGAGACAUGGAAGAGCUUACACCGGAGACUAUUGCCCACCUGAAGACAAUGGGAACUCCGUGCGAGUCUCCCCGUACCGCAGCCGUAAGGUGCUGGUGGUGGAGGGGGAGACAGGGGAAGAGGCAGAGGAGGACAUUGACCAAAUUGUUGCUGAGAUCAAGAUGAGCAUGAGUAUGGGGAGUCUAAGCAGUGGCACUGACCAAAGUCCAGAGGAGCUGGCACAGGACCCUGUACCAAGUGACUAUCCUCACUCUAAGCCUGAGGCUGCAUCCUAUCCACCAGUUCACCACCGUCACGACAGCAGGCCCAAGUCCCUGAACAUCCCCUCCAUGCACCACAACAACCCUGACCUCCAGCGGGGCAUCAAGGCCCACCCACGCACUCCGGAAGAUAGACAAAGAUGGGCUCAAGAGCAGGUAAAUAAUGGUCCAGAGCAACCUAGAAAACAGCAGCGCUCCGACCUCAAUGUUCCCUUGGAGAACAACAAUGUACCGGAGCCAGCAAAGAAAGUUGCAUCCUUCCCCAGCUUUGUUGAUGUCCCUGGACCCUGCGAGCCAGAAGACCUGAUCGAUGGCAUUAUCUUUGCUGCUAACUACCUGGGCUCCACCCAGCUGCUGUCUGAGAGGAACCCCUCCAAGAACAUCCGCAUGAUGCAGGCGCAAGAGGCUGUCAGCAGGGUCAAGAGGGUUCAGAAGGCUGCCAAAAUCAAGAAAAAGGCGAACGCUGAUGGAGAUGCUCAGACCCUGACUGAGGUCGAUCUGUUUAUCUCUACCCAGAGAAUCAAAGUGCUCAAUGCAGACACACAAGAAACAAUGAUGGACAACGCACUGCGCACCAUCUCCUACAUUGCUGACAUCGGGAACAUCGUGGUGCUGAUGGCAAGGCGGCGGAUGCCUCGAACAGCCUCCCAGGACUGUAUCGAGACGACACCUGGAGCGCCUGAGGCAAAGAAGCAGUACAAGAUGAUAUGUCAUGUCUUUGAAUCCGAGGACGCUCAGCUCAUUGCUCAGUCUAUUGGUCAGGCGUUCAGUGUGGCCUACCAGGAGUUUCUGAGAGCCAACGGCAUCAACCCAGAGGACCUGAGUCAGAAGGAGUACAGUGACAUCAUCAACACACAGGAAAUGUACAAUGAUGACCUCAUCCACUUCUCCAACUCUGAAAACUGCAAGGAGCUGGUGUUGGAGAAGAGUAAAGGGGAGAUCUUGGGUGUGGUGAUCGUGGAGUCCGGCUGGGGCUCCAUUCUGCCAACUGUUAUCCUGGCCAACAUGAUGAACGGCGGUCCAGCAGCUCGCUCUGGCAAGCUCAGCAUCGGAGACCAGAUCAUGUCCAUCAACAACACCAGCCUCGUGGGGCUGCCACUCGCCACCUGUCAGGGAAUCAUUAAGGGCUUAAAGAACCAGGUCCAGGUGAAAAUGAACAUUGUCAGCUGCCCUCCGGUCACCACGGUUCUCAUCAAGAGACCUGACUUGAAGUAUCAGCUGGGUUUCAGCGUCCAGAAUGGCAUAAUAUGCAGCCUGAUGCGGGGAGGCAUCGCUGAGCGAGGCGGGGUCCGUGUGGGUCACAGGAUUAUAGAGAUCAACGGCCAGAGUGUGGUGGCCACGGCACACGAGAAGAUUGUUCAGGCGCUCUCCAACUCAGUUGGCGAGAUCCAUAUGAAGACGAUGCCGGCCGCCAUGUUCAGGCUUCUAACAGGACAGGAGACGCCCAUGUACAUAUGAGCAGCUGAGAUUCAUGUCCACGAAGGACAGGAAGACGUUCAUUUGUCUUGCAGCGAAAACUACUAGCAGAUUAGCCACCAGGAGGACGAUCACGCCUCCCCACUGAUCCCUUUUUCCCCAAAUUUUGAACUGUUUGGGCUGAAGACUUCAAUUCUUUGACAUUUCUCACUUGUCUGUGACUAACAUGCAACUGCUAUUUAACUACAGAUUUUCUCAUCCUUCUGAUCAGCUGAAGAGGAAGCAUGUGUGCGUGUGCGUGUAUGGGUGUGUGUGUGUGUGUAUUUAUUUGUCCUGUUUGUGAUUCUUUUUUGUCCUUCCAGUGAAACAGUGUGGACAGUUACUGUUUGAAUGUGCCACAGUUUAUUUUUUUUAAAUUCAUAUAAUGCAAUAUACUCAUCCUAAACUUUUUUGUAUGGUUCCGCUGAUGAUUUAUUUCCCAUGUAAAUACACAAUUUGCAAAUUUUGCGAGGGAAGGCGGCUGCCGUGGCGACAGCAGAGCCAGCAUCUGCACUGUAAAUAUUUCCUGAGAUGGAGGCAGACCACAAAGGUGGCAAAGGCACAAAUACAUCUGAGAUAUCAUAUUAGUUUCCAGUGAAAAGGGUGAGGAUUUAUGUGUUUGAAAAUGCCGAGCUAAUGUACUGUACAUGUGAAUCAAACCAAUGCUCCCAGCAGAGGUUUAUGGGAGAAACGCCAUAUCCUAAGUUCAAGGCAAUACACAAAAUUCAACCUCGAAAAAAAAAAAAGUCUUUUUUAAAUUACAUGUACAUUUCACCAUCAAAAAAGUUUGAAACUGCAUUAAUUUUUCUUUGAGGUACAUGAGGUCACAUGUAUGAAUGAUGUUGUUUUGUUUGUGCGCUCACCUCCUGUAUGCUCAUCUUUGGAGUUCUGACUGAAGCUCAUGCUUACUAAUGAGUGGACCGUGAAUGUAAAUGUGUUACGUGAGCUGUCGCAUUGCCAUCUGCAGUAUUAGAAUGUCUGUACAUAAAAAUAGAAAUUGUCUAGUGUUGUGCUCACGUUAAGGAACAAAACACACAAGUCUCUGCAAACAUCCACCAGACUUUACGUUGGACUCCAGGCUUCAGGGGAAACAAAGCGAAACAGAAAGACGUGAAUCACAUGCUGACAGGGAAAAAAAGCUCUUGCCAUGGAGUAACGGUCUAUCAACGCAUUGUAGUAAAUUUUACCCGUAUGACAUUAUCUGUGUGCAUGCCUCGUAAAAGUAGCUUCUCAUGUCAUUGUGGCAAAACAAUAAAAUACUGAGCUAAA